UGGACACAGCUCCGAAACGUCCGUUUCGAGUCAGCCUACAAUUGUUAAAUGUUUGUUUUAUAUCAAAUGUAUUAUGUGUAACAAAUCUUGCGACUUUUACUGUGUCGCCCCGCAAGCGCGAGGUUCCAAUCAUGACUACUGAACAUAUUGGCAACACCUUUUACAGCACGAGGACAUGAUGCGGAGAAGAUCGGUUCUCAUCGAAGUGCUUUACAUCUGUUUCUGUUUGGCAUAUGCAAAGAUAAGCGUGAAGACUGUUUUGGAGGGACAACCGGUGAUGGUACCUGUCCUGAAAACGUCUGCACUGGGAAUCAAGGAUGACCAACUCUUCACAUUUUUCAAGGGCAACUCUACCUCAAAUAGAGAUGUGUUGUGUGCACAAUACUUCUGUGAUAAUGGAAAAUGUCACAAUGACCCAUCAACCGUGGCCCAGUUCAUUGUGCAAGGAGAUGAGAUCUUCCUGAACAUACGCAAUGCCAGCAUUACCGACUCAGGCCAGUACCGCGUUUCCCACAAUGGUGUUACAAUCGUGUGCAAUUUUACUCUGGAUGUUUACAAAUCAGAACAAAUGAAGAACUUGAUUCAGACAGAUAAUCCUGAGUCUUUAACUUGGUUAGUUCCAAUCAUAGCUGUAUCUGCAGUAUGCUGUACUGCUGGUCUGAUAAUCACUGCUGUCAUCUUCUGUAGAUGUAUGUGGAAGAAGAACGUGGAUCCUGAAACAAAACGUUCUGCUUCUGAACAAGAGCUGAUGGUUGUGAAAACAGAGCCCAAAGACUCUCUGCUGCCGUAACGCUGGUAGUUUUUUUUACAAAAAGACAUUUUAUCACUCAUUUUUAUAAGGUCUCUUUUACACCAUUUUUGUAAAGUUAAAGGGAGUUUUAUACUGUAGAUCAGUAGUCAGUUCUGUUAGCUAAAGAGUUUAGUUCAAACUAUGAACAAAUCCGGCACACAUUUCUUCAAAGCUAUUUAUAAUUUCAAAUAUUUUUCUGCCUCCUCGCCCUGGUUGCUGUGCUAUAUACAGUAUACAGGUCGAUAUUUGGAAAGUGCCAUCGAGAAACAGUGUUUAAACUCUUGAGGAAACCUGACCACUUAUUUAUUCUUGCCUACACGUACAGUAUUAAGGGAUAUUGUACCAUUUUGAUCAGGGUUUAUUUUAACGGUAACAAUCAGCUGUAUGCUUAUAUACGUAUUACACGGCUGCUUAGUAAAUAAUUGAAUACAAAAUAUUUAUUUAUUGGGGGAAUGGUGUGACUGACCAAUCAGAAUGAAGUAUUCUAGAGAGCCGUGUAAUUAAGUAGGAUAUCAUGAAUUGUAUUUCAGUGAAUGUAAUUUGUUUGCUUUGCCAAUGUUUAAGCUACUGGAUGUAUGUCUGAUAGAUAGUUUGUUUCAAUUCCAGAUUCAUGUUACAUUCCUAUAUUGUUAUUUAUUGCUUGAAAAGUGUGGUACAUUUUUUUUAUGUUUGUUAUUUAAAAAGACACUUUUUACGUUGUAAAUGCCACUUUAUUAUACUGUGAAUUAUGUUUUGGGAAGUUUGUAGACCCUCCUCAGUUUCCUUUACAAGCUUACGAUUCUCAUCUGUAAAAACUGAUUUUUAAUAUUGCAUUACAUCAUUUUUGCACAAUAAAAUAUUUAUUUCUGUAUAUUUUUCAUGUGUAUUUUAUUUUCAGUCUAGUCAUGUGCUUACAGUAGAACAAAAUAUGAUGAAAAUCACCAUAUUAGUUUACAUUAUUAAAUUAAUAUUUAUGAGGUAAUGUGGUUUGUGUGUCAGUCUUUUCAGGGUUUUCUUAGCUACCAUCUUAAAAGUCCUGCGCGGUUUUAGACAUGAAAUGUGAACUGCAUUUUAAUCUGUCAAACAGUUUAAUGCUUAUACUACUGAGUGAAAUGUCUUAUUUGUUGAUUUAUU